AUGGAGGAUAUGGGGUUGAUCCCUACGGCGGCAGGCCACCUCCGCGACGAGAAGGUCACCGGGGACCUCCAGCACCACAGCAGCAGCAGUAUGGAGCACCGCAGCAAUACGAUGGCUACGACGAUGGCUACGGUUAUGAAGGUAACGCUGGCGGCUACCCUGGACCGGAUUUUGGGGGCUCCUAUGCCCAACAACCCGACUACGGACGAGGUCAACCACCACCACAACAAUAUCACCAAGAUCCCUAUGCGCCAGCGGCUUCGCGGGGAGCACGAGUGCCAGAUGGCAGAGGCGGGCAGUAUCCUCCCAGAGGAAGAGGAGGCCCAGCCCCCAGUCGUGGCGGGCGUCCACCGGUGCCUCGUGGGCCACCAGGCCCAGGCGCUCGCCGUGGUCACGAGCCGCCCAUCAAUACCCGAGGUGCCGACUACGGAGACCCCUACGGCCGCAGACCCGAUAUGGAGCAGCAAAUGGCAGCCCAGAUCGGCGAGAGCCAAAGAAGCCAAGGUAGCUACGGGCGAGGCCAAGACCCUCGCGGUCAGUCGUUCGAAGGGCGGAGAGGACCGCCUGUUGCACCUGAACAAAAUGGCUACCCGGGAUACGAUGAUGGGCACGGUAGACGACCGCCGCCUCAGAGGCCUGGGCAUGAGUUCGCCCCUCCUGCGCGAAAUGUAUCCGCAGGACAGUCAAGGGUACGACUACAACACAUACAGUGGAGGCGGGGGGUAUGACGGUAACCAAGGAUACGCACAGCAGCCUUCCAGGGCCUCCUUUGGUGAUGCCCAUGAUGAGUACCAGUGCAAUGGCGGGCAGCAGGGGUACCAGGCCUAUGGAGCUCACGCAAAGGGACCAAGUGCGUCCAGUCUUCCGAAUUUUGAAAUGAUCCCACCGGCAAGUCGAGGUUCGUUUGAGCAAACCAUGAGGCCGGGACCUGGGCCUAUGCGACCAGUCCCUGAGAAUAUACGCCCUGGCCCCGAGAUACCACAGCCGGGCGCCCAUCAGACAGCCAAACUCAACCACGCAAAGUCCCAGCCUGACCUGCGUCAACCACAAACGGCCAUCUUCGAGAUGGCUGGCGACAUCCCUUCGGUGCCUCCAAUACCACCUACAAAUUCGCUGCCACCACAAGUACAGCCAUCUCAAGGCUACGGUGCUGCUCCAAUGGCGCAUGAGCGGAUGCCUCAACGGGGCCCGAGUGCACCUCCCGGACCAGUGAAUAUGCCAGCACCGAAGCAGAUGGGUCCAUCGCCAGCCAGGUCAGAGCCUCCAAUCCCUCCGCCUGCAAGCCAGAAUCCAGACGCUCUGCCAUCGCAUCCUACGCCAGUCCGAGCUGGGCUCAUGGCGAAUUCCAUGGUAUCAUUGAAUGAGAAACCGCCUCCUGUGCGAAACUACGGUGGUGUGCCGCAGUCGCAGCCUCAGCUUCAGCAGCGGCCGCAGCCUCAACAGGAGCAGAGGCAACCCCAGCCCCCCGUGGCUUCAAGCACGAGACCCGUUGAGCUACCUGUGACGCCACAGGAGCUCGAGCAUCUCCGUAUGGUAAUCAAGAACAAUCCCAACGAUCAAGCCUCCGCUCUUCGCUUGGCCAAGAAACUGAUCGAGGCGGCCGAUGUACUCCUGCCGAACGUGCCAGACCCAAAGGCUAGGGGCAGGGCCCGCGAGCGUUACGUUAUGGACGCGCACAAGAUCCUAAAGAAGCUGUCUAAUGCACAGAACGUGGACGCCAUGUUCACAAUGGCGGACGCCUACGGGCGAGGCCUGUUUGGAGGCGACUCCGACGCCAAGGAAGCAUUCACACUAUACCAAUCAGCAGCCAAGCUGGGUCAUGCCUCGGCCGCAUACCGUACAGCGGUAUGCUGUGAGAUUGGUCACGAGGAAGGCGGCGGUACACGGAAGGACCCUAUGAAGGCCGUCCAGUGGUACAAGCGCGCCGCCUCACUGGGCGACACUCCUGCGAUGUACAAGGUUGGGAUGAUCCAGCUCAAGGGACUGUUGGGUCAGCCUAGGAACCCGCGGGAGGCGGUGGGCUGGUUGAAGCGCGCGGCCGAGCGCGCUGACUCGGAGAAUCCCCACGCCCUGCACGAGCUGGGUCUCCUGUAUGAAUCGGCUCGGCCCAAUGAUACCAUCAUCCGAGACGAGCGAUACGCAGCCAGCCUCUUUCAGCAAGCAGCCGACCUGGGAUACAAGUUCUCACAGUUCCGACUCGGGCAGGCGUACGAGUAUGGAUCAAUGGGGUUCCCGGUCGAUGCGCGCAUGUCUAUCAUGUGGUACUCCAAGGCGGCGCAGCGGGAGGAGCACCAGGCUGAGCUUGCUCUCAGUGGCUGGUACCUCACGGGCAGCGAUGGCGUUCUCAAACAGAGCGAUCAGGAGGCCUACCUUUGGGCGCGCAAGGCGGCCGUCGCGGGCUUGGCCAAGGCAGAGUAUGCUAUGGGCUACUUUACCGAGGUGGGCAUUGGCGUUCCUGCGAACCUGGAGGACGCUAAGCGCUGGUACUGGCGAGCGGCUGCCCAGGACUUCCCCAAAGCCCGCGAGCGGCUCGAAGAUCUAAAGCGUGGCGGCAACAGAGCAGGCCCUCGACGAGAGCAGAUCUCUCGAAGUCGGAUUGAGAAACAUGGGGAGGGUGAAUGUAGCAUCAUGUGA